UUGGGCGCAGCUUCCAACCGCCCGAGCCGGCCGGCCUGCUGCGUGCGUGCUUGCGUGUGUGCGUGCGUGCGUAUCGUGCGUUCACCGGGCACCGCGGCCUGGCCCUCCGCCCCUGCGCCUGCACCGCAUAGGCUCCCCUCCCCCGUACCCCGUCGACGACCCCCGCCCGCGCCCCAAUCGGCCCCGCCUUUCCUGAUUUUAAAGGGGUCGCAGCACUAACGCUUCCUGUCUCAGGUGGUGACCUCGCAAGGGUCUUCCCGCCCCAGGCGUCCCGCCGCUAAGGAACAUGGCGAAAGUGGAGCAAGUCUUGAGCCUCGAGCCGCAGCACGAGCUCAAAUUCCGAGGUCCCUUCACUGAUGUUGUUACCACCAAUCUAAAGCUUGGCAACCCUACAGACCGAAAUGUCUGUUUUAAAGUGAAGACCACGGCACCCCGUAGAUACUGUGUGAGGCCCAACAGUGGGAUCAUUGAUGCAGGGGCCUCCAUUAAUGUAUCUGUGAUGUUACAGCCUUUCGAUUAUGAUCCCAAUGAGAAAAGUAAACACAAGUUUAUGGUUCAGUCUAUGUUUGCUCCAACUGACACUUCUGAUAUGGAGGCAGUAUGGAAGGAGGCAAAACCAGAAGACCUUAUGGAUUCAAAACUUAGAUGUGUGUUUGAAUUGCCAGCAGAAAAUGAUAAACCACAUGAUGUAGAAAUAAAUAAAAUUAUAUCCACAACUGCAUCAAAGACAGAAACACCAACAGUUUCUAAAUCUCUGAGUUCAUCUUUGGAUGACAGUGAAGUUAAGAAGGUGCUGGAAGAAUGUAAGAGACUGCAAGGCGAAGUGCAGCGGCUACGGGAGGAGAACAAGCAAUUCAAGGAAGAAGAUGGACUUCGGAUGAGGAAGACAGUGCAUAGCAACAGCCCUGUUCCUGCAUUAGCCAUGUCUGGCAAGGAAGAAGGCCUCAGCACCCGGUUACUUGCACUGGUGGUUUUGUUCUUUAUCAUUGGUGUAAUCAUAGGGAAGAUUGCUUUGUAGAGGUAGCAUGCAAGUGAUGGUCAAUUGGAUUGAUUGGAUCAGCCAUAUCAAGGAAGUUAAAUUUAUCAUAACCAUGUGUAAAAAGAAAUUAAUGUAUGAUGACAUCUCACAGGUCUUGCCUUUAAAUUACCCCCUCCUGCACACACGCGAGUGUGCGCACAGACGCCCACACGCGCGCGCGCGCGUGCACACACACACACACACACACACACACACAAAUAUAUUAACAACCUUUUAGAAAGUUAAAAAUGUAUAGUAAGUGAUUGGGGCAAAAGAGUGAUCUUUAUUAAUGACAAGGGAAAUCAUGAUGAAAUGAUAAUGGCAUGUUGUAAAUGUCAUUUUAAACAUUUGUAGUCUUGGUACAUGUUGUUGGAUUACCUCUCCUAAAUAAGACACUCUUCCUUGCCUGUUGGUGCUGGCCCUGGGGGAGCAGGAGCCUAGUGUGGUGGGGAGAGAGUCACCUCACACAGUAACCCCCACGCUGCUCACUCACUCCCCAGGCUGCUGCUUCUUGUUCUGUCUAAGCCAUUAGUUUCUUGGGACUAGGGAACAGUCAGAAACCAAAAAGCAUUGUGCUGUGGCAGCACCAGAUGUGCUCAUCAGGCAUGAGAGGCCUGUGUUGACUGAUUGACCCAACACUUUGGAAAUAAAAGUCAGUGCUUUGUUCUCUUAAAGGGACCAAGCUAAAUUACUAUCAGCUCAUAUUGUGAUAUCGAACUGCUGUUCAGAAAUGUUUAAUGCAUAUUUAACUUAUUUCAUCUCAUGUUUUCUUAUUGUCACAAGAUUGUAAACAAUAUUGUGGCCUAAAAACCCCCAAACAACCUGUGCUAUCCUAAAAUUGCUGGUAAAACUAGCAUUGCUGCUGGAGGACUUGGGCAGUGUGACUUACCUGGCUCUGGAAUGAGAGUUGCCAAGGGGUGUUUUUCUAUGUAAAGAAUUAACUGUCACGGAGGGGAGAUUUCUUAAUAGUGACUGUUGACUUUAUAUUACCCUUUAUUGGAGAAGAGUGGCUCAUUUUCCAUGUCAUUCCUUCAUGGAACCUCAGCUACCAUUCACUUCCAGCACACACGCCCCAAGUCUGUUCUGACCUUUCCCUUGGAGCCCUGGCUUGGGACCAGAGCAAGUGAAUCAGGUAGCAGAGUGAUUAGAAGAAUGGGAACCAGCAGGGUGGAAGUGGGGAGGGGUGUGAGAGACUCUUCAAGUAAUCCAUCAAGAAGUAACUAAGAGUUUGACUGUGAAUUAAUGUUAUGCCAUAAAACACCAAUCUAAUUGUUUGACUAUGUAGCAUCUUAAAGAGAAAAAUUAAAAUAAAGCCCCCCCAAUGAAGA